AUGGCGACGGGGGCGCAGUGGGUGCUGACGGCCACGGGGCGGUCGCCGACCAACAUCGCCGUGAUCAAGUACUGGGGGAAGCGGGACGACGCGCUCAUCCUCCCCGUCAACGACAGCAUCAGCGUCACCCUCGACCCCGACCACCUCUCCGCCACCACCACCGUCGCCGCCAGCCCCGCCUUCCCCUCCGACCGCAUGUGGCUCAACGGCAAGGAGAUUGCGUUGUCAGGCGGGAGGUUUCAGAGCUGCCUGAGGGAGAUCCGGAAGCGGGCUCGUGACGUCGAGGACGAGAAAAGGGGGAUCAAGAUCAAGAAAGAGGACUGGGAGAAGUUGCACGUCCACAUAGCGUCUUACAACAACUUCCCGACCGCUGCCGGUUUGGCCUCUUCGGCCGCUGGCUUUGCUUGUCUUGUUUUCACCCUCGGAAAGCUAAUGAACGUGAAUGAAGAUUAUGGAGAACUUUCUUCAAUAGCAAGGCAGGGGUCUGGAAGUGCAUGCCGCAGUACAUAUGGUGGAUUUGUGAAAUGGUGUAUGGGAAAAAAUGAUGAUGGAAGUGACAGUAUGGCAGUACAGCUUGUUGACGAGUCGCAUUGGGAUGAUCUUGUUAUAAUCAUAGCAGUGGUCAGUUCAAAGCAGAAGGAAACCAGUAGCACCAGUGGGAUGCGGGACACUGUCGAAACAAGCCCCCUCUUGCAGUACAGGGCCCAGACUGUAGUGCCAGGUCGCAUAUUGAAAAUGGAAGAGGCCAUCAAGAAUCGUGAUUUUGAAUCCUUUGCCAGGUUAACUUGUGUAGAUAGCAACCAGUUUCAUGCUGUAUGUUUGGACACGAGUCCUCCCAUCUUCUACAUGAAUGAUACGUCACACAGGAUAAUUAGCCUUGUGGAGAAGUGGAACCACUCGGAAGGAACCCCACAUGUAUAUUCUGUUCCUGUUUAA